AUGACUACCACACCUCCAUCCCAUUCUCCUGUGAAGGGCGAGGCGUCGCCGGAGAAAAUUUCAGCGAGCCAGCAGAACGUCGAUGGCGACACAUCCAUGAACGUACUGCCAAGUCACAAGGAUGAGAACAGCGUGUCUGAUCCGAUGCCUGCACGGCUGAAGCAAUCGGUCAAGCGAAAUGGAAGGGCUCAUACCGAACAGCCGGCCCCUAACCCGCGAAGACACCAAACCCCAGAGCCCAGUCAGCGACAGCUCCAAAAAUCGGAGGAGAGCCAGCGCUCCCCCAGUACCCCGGGUCAUCUAGCUGCCUUUGACUGGGAUGAGUUCGAGGCCCGCUACAUGCAUGCUCUUGCCGAUGCGGACAAGCAAGAACACCAGCUUCUUGAGGAGUUUGACCAGCUUGUCAAGUACUUCAAUGUUUGGGCGUCGACAUCCUCAAGUCAUGACAACGAGCGAGCAGUCAAACGCCUGCAAACUCGUACAAGAUACGUUAACAUCUCCGAAUCGAAACUUGAGCAGAAGAAGAAACAUCUCGGCGAGGUUGUGAAGGCUUUCCAGAGUGCCCUGGCACUUCUUAGUCAGUCGUGA